AGGCACGGGCACGGCCUCUGCUUCAGUCAGUUGCAAGCGAGCGGUCAAUAGCAGCGCACAGAACUCUUUGGCACUUGUUGUGUUGUGUUGGGCCCCGCCACAAGUCACAGCAAAAGCGCAGCAAAGGGGCGUUAAAGAAAAGGGAGGAGGAAAGAGCAUUCACAGCAAGUGCAAAAGUUGGCCAAAACAAACGCAACUCAAAUAGUUCCCACAACAAACAAACAGUUGGCCGACAAAUAAAACAAAUAGCUGCAAAUCAAACAGAAACUGAAACGGAAACAGCGACGGCAACAGAAGACGAAACCACCCUCAACCCAGUCACCUUGAAAAGGAUAUAUAUAGGGUAAAGUGUCAAGAAAAGAAAAGGUUGUAAGUUGAGUUCCUUUCGAAUUCAACAAGUCCUACCUAACCCAUAGCCAUGGCUCGGCGCAAGGACAAGCCGCGCCUUAUACCCGAGCAGGACAAGCGCAUCUGUCGCGCCAUUUGCCUGUGCCAGCUGACCAUGGUGAUGUCCUGCGUCUCCAUUGUCUACCUCAGUGUGGCCAUUUACUCGCCCUCGCUUAAAGCCUUCAAGUCAGGCUUUGAGCUGGAUCCGGUCAUGUGCCAAACAGUCGAUCGUCAAAUGCCCAACAACUGCCCCUGGGCUUCGUGUGGCGAGUGGUGCUUAACACGCACCAGCGGCUUUUGUCCACAAAUACACUCGGUGGUGCGACGCAAUGGCACAGAUAUACAGCUCAACAAUUGCACCAGGGUGACCAAUACUUCAUGUGCUGCGAUUGACCUGAAUCGCUUGAACAAGUUCAACUGCAACAAUGGCACCGUCUGCAACAACAUUCGUGGCGUAUUCAAUUGCUCGAAUGGUCACUGCAAGAACAUGUCGGAGUUCUUUUUGUGCCACCACAAGCCCGAUGGGCCAGUAAUUAACUCUGCCAAGGACAAUACCAAGUUGAAUGGCUUCUUCGAGUGCCAUGGCGUGCACUGCACGAAGAUCAAGCGACCCUUCAGCUGCGAUCGCUAUUGCUCCCGCAUAACCACAGCCAAUAUCAAUACGCUGAUCAUGCACGAGGACAAUGUAAUUGCUGCCGACUGUGAGAACGCGGUGGCCUUCAAUGAGGCACGCGGCAAGGAGCAUGGCGUACGCAUUGAACCCACCGAAUUCUGGAAGGAGGAGGACGGCAAUCUGUUGACCAAUUGUGCAACAGUUACGCGCGAAUCCGACAAUCGCAUAACCGCCACGGACUGCUUGAAUGGCACCUUGCUGGAUCAUGAGACCCUGCCGGCUCCCUAUAUGAAUUUUACCCAGUUCUGGGCCAUCUAUGACAACAGCACACGAGCCGUUGAUCCAGAGCAAAAGUUUCUGCCCAAUCAGGCGAAUCUAACCAUUUACAGCUGGAAGAAACUGUUCAUCAAUCUGGAGGGUUGCGUCAAUACACUCAAAGGGGAGUGCAAGGACUUCGUGGCCCGCUAUGGCAACGAUGGCGAUAAUAACACAGCUCAGUCACGCUAUCAAUGCUACUACAACAAGGAUGCAAAUGUUGAGUUUGUAGUUGCACGCUACGAUCUAGAUAAGGUCUAUCGUGAGCUGCUCGUCUCGCUGAUUGUGCCAAUCGUGCUCUUUGUAAUCUCAUCCAUUUCGCUGUGCGUGAUAACAAAGUCCGUCAAGGUGGGUGACGAUGCGAAGAUGCGUUGCGUUUGCGCUGGCGAGAACUCGGAUGAUGAUGGCUUUGGCAAUGCAGCCGCCAAUCAACCGGAACAAGUUUACGACACAGAUGACGAUGUGGUUGAAAUAGACCAACAACAAGUGGUUGAGGUGGAGGUGGUGCAGGUGCCUGAACAGCAGCAGUUGCCAUACGAUACACCCGAGAUGAUUGGCAGCACCAAAUCCUUGAUACCGCUAAGCCCAACUGCCGGCCCCACCGAACAGCAUUUCACUGAAGAUCAGGACGAAAAGGCGAGCAAAUGUGAUGUGCCCGAAAAGCCGCUAGUUAUACUCUAAAUGCAUACAGUCCAAGUCUAUAUAUGUAUGUAGUCGAAGGUUAGCUAUAAAGUGAGCUCAGGAUAUAUACGACGUUGAAAAUCGAAACAAGAACAACAAACACUAUACG